AUGUCGCUGGAUAAGCAUGACGAACUGGAAGUCAUUACUUCCAGUAUACCUUCAACUCCACCUAAUGAGCUUAAUCGCAAGGACUCAGAAAAUGAAUAUAACACCAAACUCGAGAAAAGAGUAAUGCGAAAGAUAGAUUUCUGGCUCGUUGGGUUUUACUCGAUUGUAUAUAUCUUUCGAGUCAUUGAUUCCAACAACUACUCCAACGCCGCGAUCAUCAACCUAGAAGCCGGCACUGGAAUUAAGAAAGAGCUCAAUUUCAACUCCUCGCAAUGGGCUUGGACGCAGUCCAUAUUUUCCUACAGCUACCUUCUUUUCGAGCCGACCAACACCAUCCUUCUCAAAAGAGUCACGCCCUCGAGAUGGAUGUUCGUCCUGAUUUUGUCCUGGGGUAUCUGCGCCUGCGCUGCCGGUGCUGCACAGGACUUCCCGGGCAUGAUGUGUGUGCGGUUCGCAAUUGGAAUGGCCGAAGCCGGGUUCUAUCCUUCGGUGCUUUACCACAUGGCAUUCUGGUAUAAGCCAUCCGAGCUGCGUUGGAGAAUAGCUCUGUUCUACUCUCUUGGCCAGGUAUCUGGCGCAUUAAGUGGACUGCUGGCAUACGCCAUCAGCUUUAUGGAUGGACUUGGUGGGCUGUCAGGCUGGCGAUGGUUGUUUAUUAUCGAAGGUCUUCCGGCGAUCGUGUUGUCUGUGGUAGCGUUAUUUGGUCUUCCGGACUACCCCGAGAACGCCCGCAUGUUGACGGAGGAGGAGAGGACAUUUCUCAAAGGUCGUCUAUCCUCUGCAGCACCCUCUGGAAAAGACAAAAGCUGGAACUGGGGAGACGUAAAAGCACUCCUUUCAAGUCCAACAUUGUACACAUUCACGGUGUACUGGAUUGGACAUGGUAUUGGAGGGUUUGGAGUGAAUUACGCUUUGCCUACUGUUAUCUACGAGCUUGGAUUUACUUCGACUGCUUUAUCACAGCUGAUGAAUAUUCCUCCCUACGUCGCAUGUUUUUUCUUCUUGAAUACUCUUGGAUAUUUACUACACAAAGGAUGGAUUAGACCGUGGACCACCGCUGUCGCAAUUGAAAGCACGAUAAUCAUCUGCUAUAUCAUCCUGAUCACAGUUCCAAACUCAAUUGUCAAGUACCUUGCCUUGAUUGUGGCCACUGCUUGUGCAGGAUCUGCAUACCCCGUUAUCUGGCCAGAACGUAUUCGUGCACUCGAGGGCACAGUGGCUGUGGGGAUUGGUAUCGGGUUGACGAAUGCAAUGGCUCAGUUUAGUGGAAUUGCUGGGCCUCAUGUAUACAGUACGGUGUUUGGACCGACGUAUCGAAUAUCCUAUGUUAUUUGUCUUUGCUUCUUGUGUGCGGCUAUCUCUGGAAUACUGGCUUCGUGGUGGCUUGUCUGGAGGAAGGAUCGGAAGGCCGAAUUAGACACUGGGCUUGAGGAGGAUGCAUGA